AUGAACAUAAAACUACCUCAAAUCGACCUGCCGCAUUUUAAUGGAACAUACGAGAACUGGUUACCCUUUUAUGAGGGAUUUAAAGCACUUGUUCUUGAUAAUCCGUCACUCAACAAUAUUCAACGCUUAUAUUAUUUACUUUCGGCUUUAAAGAAUGACUCGAUUCAGGUAGUUCGGUCACUAGAAAUCAGCGAUCACAAUUUUGAUAUAGCAUGGCAAUUGCUGAAGGACAGAUAUGAGAACAAACGUGUAAUUGUUCAAAAUCAUAUAAAAGGCAUAUUUGAGCUCCCCGUUAUGAGCAAAGAAAAUCACGGUAUCUUAAGAAAAAUUAUAGACGGUUUUUCUAAACAUCAAAGAGCUUUAAAGUCAUUAGGACAACCAGUCAAUACCUGGGAUACAUUAUUGAUUUAUAUUUUAAGCAAUAAAUUAGAUAAUCAUACAAGACGCGAAUGGGAAGCAUCUUUAAAGUCAGAUCAGCUACCAGAUAUAACUAUAUUUUUAGAUUUUCUUAAAAAUAAAGCUCAGUUGCUCGAAACAUUAGACACUCGUGAAACAAAUAAGGUAGUAGGAGUUAAGUCAGAUAAAUCAUUCAUGCGUUCAUCAAGUCAUUUAGUCACCAAAGCCAAUGAGCAAUUUAGAACUGAUUGUAGGUUUUGCAGAGAUAAUCACAUGAUUUACAAAUGUGAUAAAUUAUUAGCUCUUUCUCCUAAGGCAAGAUAUACGGAAUUAAACAAGUUAAAUAUAUGUUGUAAUUGUUUAAAAUUCGGACAUUCAGUAAAUACAUGUCGAAGUAGUAGUGCUUGUAACCAAUGUCAUAAACGACAUAACACUGUACUGCAUUUCAAUAAUUAUAUUGUCAAAGAAAAAAACGUUACAGAAUCACCUACAUCAAAUUGCACAGAAUUAUCUACAGUUCAACCAACACAUUCCAGUGUUCACAUAUCACAAGAAGGUCAGGUUCUAUCAAAUGCAGAAGAUUCCAUCGUGAACGUGACUUCUCUAGAACAAAAUUUGUUACAUUCCAAAUCAGUAAACGAGCAAGUAUUGUUAUCCACCGUGCAAAUACAUGUUUUUGAUAUAAAUAAUAAGCCUGUCAAAUGUAGAGCAUUAUUAGAUUCAGGUUCUCAAUCGAAUUUUAUGACUCAUGAAUUAUUCAAAGUGCUUAAAUUAGACGCUUUACCGAUUCAAAUACCGGUAACAGGAAUUAAUCAAACAAAGUUAAAUAUUAAUAAAAAAGUUUUUGCCAAAGUUAAGUCAACUGAUAGCUCGUAUAGUUCAAAUCUGUCAUUUUUAAUUUUAAACAAAAUAACAAGUGAGUUACCACAGUAUUAUUUUAGUCCUUCCGAGUUGAACAUUCCAGACAAUAUUGAAAUAUCAGAUCCAGAAUAUAAUAAACCAGGUAAGAUAGACAUGCUGUUAGGCAGCGGAGUUUUCUUUUCUUUACUAUCAUCAGGCAAAAUCGAACUAAAUAAAUAUGGUCUUAUCUUACAACAAACUAAAUUAGGUUGGAUAUUAGCCGGUCCAUUACAAAUUCCCGAGUCAAACUCUUCUGAAAUAGUCUCUUGUUCUAAUGUAGCUUCCAAUUGUCUUUUUACGCAAAAUGAUAAUCUUCUAAACGAACAACUCGAGCGUUUUUGGCAAAUUGAAGAUCUGUCAUCUGAUAAUACAAAGUUAUCAAAUGAAGAACUUGAUUGUGAAAUACAUUUUCGAAAACAUUUUGAACAGGACACUACCGGUCGUUUCACAGUACAACUUCCGUUGAAGAGCAAUCAUACUGAAUUAGGUGAAUCAGUAAGUACAGCAAUCCAGCGUUUAAAGCACCUGGAAAGUAAGUUAGCACGCAAUGAUGACUUACGUAAACAAUAUCAUGAAUUUCUGCGAGUAUAUGAAGACUUAGGACAUAUGUCAAGAGUUAAUAUCGAAUUGGAUAAAUCCAAUGAAAUACAUAAUUAUUUACCACAUCACGCGGUAGUAAAAGAAGAUAGUAGUACUACACGUGUAAGAGUAGUUUUUGAUUCAUCAUCUAAAACGGCAUCAGGGUUGUCUUUGAAUGAUGUGAUGAUGAUAGGUCCUGUUCAGAGGAACUUAUUUGAUAUUUUAAUACACUUACGCAUAUUUAAUGUAGUCAUUACAGCGGACGUUGCAAAAAUGUACCGACAAAUAUUUGUCCAUGAAUCGCAGCGCAAUCUACAAAGAAUUGUAUGGCGCAAAGAACCAUCGGAAGAAAUUAAACAUUAUCAGUUGAAUACAAUUACUUAUGGAACAGCUAGCGCUUUACUGGGAUACAAAAACUGA